AAAUGACCAACAACUAUAUUAAUUGGCUCAAACGGCAGUGGUUUGAUCCAGGCUUCGCCAAUGGGGCGUUUGCUUCCGAGCUGAAGCCCAACCCGGCAACGCUGGCUGGCGCUCGCGAUCAAAACGCCAAGCUGUACAAACAGUGAGGUUAUAACCAGUUUAAACAUUAAUUAACGGGUUUAAACUCAGCUUUUGACUGUUUACAAGUCAGUUUGCAACGGAACAGCCCCAAAGCAGCCAGCCAAAUAGCCAAACACCGAAAAUGACGGACAUUCGCAGAAGAAAGACUAACGAAAGGCAGAUGAAUCAGGCGAUUUGCGACAAUGUGUCCCUCCUGCUCAGGAGCCACCCGGGCACCAUGCAGCUGAAAUCCAUAUUGAACGCCAACAUGUUUUCCAAGCCGAACAAAUCGGCCUUCCAAGAAGUGGCUUUCUAUCUGCUAACGGUGGCAGAUCCGCAGCUGGCAAAGGAAAAGCUGAAAAGCUGGCCGCUGGUCACGUCCGGCCAAGAAAUCCAGUUCCGAAGCGAACUGAUCGACUGCGUAAACGUCCUCAACUCCAAGCACAAAAGUGCAGACCUGCCAGUGUUUCAGCCCUCGCAUUUAGUGUCGCCCGGGGGCUACCGAAUCGGGACGUUAGUGUUCAAACUUUCCCAACUGGCGAUCAGGGAGCAUUUGAUGAGGGCGAAAAUCGCCGUCACUUUGCCCCCAAGGAUCAGUGCAAAUCCCGAAAUAAGGACCUGCGAUAUGAUGCAGGUUCUAAGUGAAGCUGCGGCCGCCAUUGACGCUGAAACCGGGGAAAAGCUAGUUCGGUUCAAUACCAGCCACUUUCGCUUAAGGGAGCAGGCAGAGCUGCUGUCCUGUUUACUCAGGAAGACCAAGAAGGAGAUCAGCAUGUGCAAGAAAGAGCUGGAGGAAACCAAGGCGAAGCAUGGCCCAGAUGUUCCGCGGGUGUUGCAGUUGGAAGUUGCCGAUGUGAAGCAGCGCGUCGCCAAAACGCUGGAAAUCAACCAGCUGUUCCACUCCAGCAAAGCCCUGCUGGAUCAGUUGGCCGGUUUAACGCUGAAGCAUGACCCAGAUAGCGCCCAGCUGCCCAACAAAGCAGCCCCUCUAAAAUCCACUCGCGAUGGACAACUGGACUUAAUCCAGUACUUCCAAGGGCUGGCCGCUUGGCUGGAGAAGUUCAGGCCAAAAAUCCCCACCCUGUACCCAAUCUAUGUGAGCCAGAGCCUUGCCAAAGUCGAGACUCUGCUAACGAAACAUCAGCAAAUCCUAGAAGAUCUCAAAGGCCUGGAAACCCAGUCAAAUCGUCUGCUGCAGGAAAGAAUGGGUUCUAAAUAGCGUGACCUCACAAGGAAACCGUUUCGCUCAACCGCUGUGCUUUAAAUCAACCGAACAAUGUGACAAACUUAAUUCUGGUCAAAAAAUGCAUGCGACACAACAGGUGUUAACGCACAUUGACAGUGAU